AUGUCUGCAACACCGGGCCUAUCUCCUGCGAGGGCCGUCACGCGCACCGUGGCCAUCCUCAAGCCUUCUGCAGUCAAGCAUCGUCUCACGAUCGAGCCUCGUCUGAUUGAAGCAGGCUUCGAGAUUGUCAAGGAGCGCCAAGUCGAGUUUCAACCGGAUGAUGUCGCUCUCGAGGCUUUGUUCGGACGCGACGGGCCCUCGCUGGCUGAUGGGCCCGUCUGGGUGUACGUUCUUGAGCGAAGACGUGCCGUUGAGGUCCUAAACACGCUCAUGGGACCCGAAGAUCCAGAGAUUGCUCGUAAUGACGCGCCCAAGAGCCUCCGCGCAAUCUAUGGCAGGUCACUCGAUGAUAAUGCCAUCUAUGGGUCACGUAGUACCGACGACGCGGAGCGGCAGAUUGCGAUUCUCUUCGCCGGCUCACCACCCUUCCGUGGGGCGGAUCUCGCUAGCGAAUUACCGCUGCCUGCUUCAGAGAGCGACUUCUCGCUCAAUCAGUCCACCCACGCUACCCCUGACCGGUCUUCAUCACACAGGGUUCUCGCUGACCCAGCAAGUCCCGAAUCGCUCGUUCCUUCUAACUAUAGUGGAAGUCAGUCGACAUCACCUUUGCGUAACGGUCGUGCGGCUAUGCUUCCAAGGCAGAAUCGUGCCUCCCUCCUCCGUGCGGGUAGUGAUCAGUUAUUACCGGCAACCCGCCCCAAGCGGAUCCACACAACCGACGACGAUCCCGUCACUUUUGCGGAUGUCCCCGGCCACAAAUACCGCUCUGUUUCUAUCGUCGUUGCCAGCACCGCUCCGCCGGUGACAGCGCCUAGACAGAACAAGGCUGCUGCUUUGCGUGCAGGGUUGCAGAUUGCGCCUACCACAGCGAGGGAACGUAAGCCAGUGCAGUUCGACGGCACCCCUGGGCAUAAGCGUUCUCAGACAUUUUCUGUCGUAUCCACGAAACCUCCCGCGGUCGCUCCACGUCUCAAUCGAUCAGCUGCACUUCGCCUCAGCACUGGUGGAGUGCCAGGUGCUGCUGCUCCAGCACCACCUGCAGUCAAGCCUUCCGCCCCCUCUCGCGGGCGCAGCUCCUCGUCAAUGGGCGUGGCAUCUAACACUAGUACUACACCGUCCCGUUCUUCUUCUGCUGUGCGACCACCUAGCUCGGUCGGGUCGACUGGACCAACGCCAUCUCGCCCCAAGCUUGCCGGCCGUACGGGUUCCGCAGCCCCACCAUCAUCUUUCCGUGGAAUGCCUACCGUCGAUGUGCCAGAAACGCCUGCCUCUCGUCCUGGGACUGCGCCCGGUACUCGUCCCUCCCUCUCGGCCCGAGCAUCUUCUGCCUCCCUCACCAGUGGGAAAACCAAAGAAGAAGAGGCACCUGCUAAAGCUCCUAGUAGGCCUGCCUCCUCGUUGGCCCGGCCGCCGAGUAUCACCCCACGCAUGAACCGCAGCGCAUCCCUGCGUGCGAGUAUGGGUGGGGCUGGCAUAAUGACGCCAGCCCAGGCAAAGUCUAAGGUUGCACCAUCCACAAGCGGUAAAGUGGUCCCAAAGAAGCCUGCCUCAAGCGACAGACAGGGGCCAAAAUCAAUAAUCGUUUAAGGACGGAUUUCUCUUGCUUCGUUCUUCUUUCAUUUGGGAGAUUGGUAUUCAUUUUUCGUGAUUCCCUGCAUAUUCACGCGCAGGCGUGUGUCCUCUAUGCUUUCCAAUUCUGACCAGAUCAUCUAGUAUGGAAUUCAGUCUUGUCCGCUCCCUUAACCUAUACAUGUAAACAGUAUGCCCUGGGCAAUUUAUUAGUCUGUUGAAC